AUGCGCUAUCUGAAUGCUGACACUUUGACAGGUACAAUGUGUCGCAAGUGGACAUCAUCACUCAUUGCGCAAUUCAUCAUUGUAUUCCCCGACCAGCUCAAGCCAGCUUUCCACACCCAGGAAACAUACGACGAAUAUGAAUCAUCACCUGGCCGGUACAGAGGAUUCUGCAAGCGUUGCGGAACUUCGUUGGUUUGGCGGUCUGCAGAUGAUAGCAGCACCGUCGAUGUUUUCCUAGGGACAGUGGAUGAAAGGUGGCUUGUGCAUGAAGAUGGUGGCAAGGUUGGACAAGAGCUGGCCAGGCCCAAUGGAACACAGUUUUGGAUGGAGAAUGCAAUUCCAGGGGUGACUGAUCUGCUAAAAGGAGGGAAAGAGUUUCUCAGAGAAGGUGAAGACGGAUGGGAGAGGAAAAGAGAAUAG